GUCCAAGACACACACGCCCAUCACACUGAGGCAGCCCAGCCAGCCAAGGGGAGGGAGCAGAGACAAAAGACAAGCCCCUCACGCCCUUGCUCUCCUUUUCUCUUUCAUCCGCUGAGUGCGGAAGUGAUGCGAACACGCGCCAUUAAUACCGGCACUCGACGGGCUGUCCGGCGGUGUCACUGCAUCCACCACAUUAUUGCCCGCCGUCGCCCUGGGAGACGACCCAGGCGACGAGGCCGACACAUCCUGCGACCCGUCUGCCUCCUCUUUGUUGGCGUGGAGGUCCAAGACGGAAGGCGGCGCAUCGAUUUGGCUAAAAAUGCCUUUGACGCGUCGAAGGGCGUCGAGCAGCGGGGCGUUGGUGAACAAGGCGGGACUGGGAGAGAGAGAGAGAGAGAGAGACGAACAGGUGGGUGCCAUGCGUGGCACGGCAUGCACAUUUGACUGAACCGGUGUCUGUCUUUCUUUUAUCGUUCGUCUGUACCUACCGUGACACGGUGGGCACGGCAGUAAAGGGCCUGUCGCUCGUCACCUUCUCGCGAUCGUCGUCAUCUCCAUCUUGCUGUUCGUCGUCAGCAGACGUCGACCGGGCCACCACCCUGCCUCCCACACUCGACCUAACCGACGCAGCACUGGGCGGCCGCCUCACGCCCCGCCUGCCUUGCAUCACGGCCGCCGUCCUGUAGUACCGACCAAAGCCGCCCCCCAGUCUGGGAACCACGCCCCACUGCCCCACCCCCUCAACGUGCAUCAUCGACGGCGGUGCGCGGGACGGCAGGUCGGGCCGCGUGAGGGGCGUCGACGGCACCGUGGGGACGAUCUUCGACCUUGGGGAGAAGCCCACUUGUGUGCGGCGGGAUGAGGGCGGGAGGGAAGGGGUGGAUAUGGGGAUGGGUGUGCGUGUGGUGGUCGAGCUGGGGCGGAGGAGGGGAGGGGACAGGGGGCGGGGGUAUGCGCUCUCUGGGCGGCGAGUCAGACGCGCACCUGAAGAACAAACAAGAGAGAGAGACACGGUCUUGAUGCGUUUCGGACGUGUCUCACGGUUCGUGACAUUCAUUUACCAGGGACAGGUGGUGUGCCGAUGGGCAGCCUGCAAGCCCCCUUGAGCGUGUCAGGAAAUCGGGGCAUCUCCACCCGCCGCCCCGCCCACCCCUCAGGCCACACGUCCACGUCAUAGCCAUACCCAUAGCCCUCGUCAUAGCCGACAGCCAUGAACAGGGGCACCCCGAACUCCCCCUCGGCCUCAUACAUGUCCAUCCACGGCCUGGGCUCCCGCAGCAGCACAGUGGGCAUGUCGUCCGCAUGAGGCCUUGACGGCUCCCGGUCAUCCCUGGGCAGCUCCAUUGGCGAUGGCUGUGGUGGCACUGUUGCGCGUGAGAAGAGGGAGAGGAAGUGGGCGGCGGUGAAUGUCAGCGUCUCGAGGUGGAUGGCUGCUGAGACGAGCGACGCGGCCAGCUGCCUUCUGGUGGCGUUGAAAGUGUGGCUGAACGGGCCCUCUCGGAGCUGCGAUGCGACGGCCUCCCUUAGGCCCUCUUUCAUGGCUCCAUUCAGCUCGUCGAUUGCGGCGAGAAUCCUCCACCCACGAGAGGCGAGGACUGAGAUGCCGGCUAGAGCCGCCUCGGGCAGGGCAAGGUCGAUGACGAUGUUGGCUGAUGGCGUGUCCUUCACCUGAGAGAUAAGUAAGGCACUGUCGAGAAGGGUGUUCAUCUCUGUACAGAGAUUCUCUUUUCACCGGCACAUCAAGGAGGAUUUUCAGCAGGUUGAGCAGGUGGCUGAGCGAAUAGAAGAGCUGCACAAGGCCCUCCAGGAAGCGCCGCAGCAGGGCCUCCAGCCACACCUACAACCAUCACACCACACCACACCACACCCAUAUCAGUGCCUCUAUGGACCAAGCCAGCCAGUCAGCCGCGUUGCCGCGUUGCCGACCUUGAUGUCGUCGCGCCUCCGAGUCCACUCGAGUACUCUCAUGUCAUCAUCGCCGUCAGCCCCCCAGUAGCCGAGAAAAGGGCCCAACGACACGUGUGUCUGCAGACUGGCAAUGGCAGCCGCAUCGGUGUCAAAGGUGAGAGACAAGGGCGAGGGAGGGGACAUGGCAUCAACAUUCUCUCUCGAGGCUCGGUGCUGCAGCCCUUUCUCUGCCUUGGUACAGAGCUCAUCCCUGAGCUGGUCGAAUGACCUCUGCAGCAGAUACCGCCAGCCCUGCCGACCCACCUCCUGCCAAUGUGCUGGUGGCCUUUGCGGGGCUCCCCCCUCAGCAUGCCGGUGGUCGAAUUGCGAUACGUGUGAAGUCACAGUGCCUUCCUUCAGCCACUCCUCAAGCCAUGGCUCCAGCCACGGCUCCUCAUCUGCACACACACAUACAAGAGUGCGAAAGACACCAUUUGCACUUCUCCCUCACUGACCAUCUGGCGCACUGAUAGUCCUUGAGCCGCCGAUUGCGAUGUCAGCCCUCUCCACCUCACCUUCGUCGAUUCCCUCAUCCCCCUUGGCCCACUCGAGAUUCUUGGUGGACAGUGUGGCGUAUUCAGCCAUCAUGCUUGUCACCGUCUCGCCCUUCCUGUAGGUCGUCAGGCUCUUGCGAGGGGACGCCGGGCGCCCAACAUCGCCAGCGGCUUCUCCUUCUCCACUCUCCUCUUGGUCGAGUGUUUCUUCUAUUUUGCCUUCUGCAUCCAUCUGGAAGGUCCUUUUGGACACAGUCACGCGUCUGGCAGGGAUGUCCUGUGUCGUGUCUUCUCCUUCUCCUUCUUCUUCUUCUUCUUCUUCUUCGCCUCUUCCGGCCCCGCCUGCCGCAGGCCGCCCUCGUGUUGGUGUGCGUCUGCCCUCAGAUUCGAUACCCUUGUAAGCUUCUUCUCCUUCUGUUGGACCCCCUGGUGGUCGUUCUGGUGGCUCGCCUUCCUCUGCUUCGAAGCCCUCGUAUUCUUCCUCUCGGCCUAUGGGAGCCUCCGGUGCCUCCUCGAAUGAGACAGAGAGCACGGCCGGUGCUGACGGGGAUCGUGCAAUAAAUCCCCCAGUCUGGACUCCUCGAUCUUCAAGAAGAGAUACGGCCGAUGCGUCACGCUGACCGUAUGACACGGCGAGUGACGGCCGCUGCGUGUCGAUGGACACCCGCUCUCUGCUCUUCUCAGGCUCUUGUCUCUCCUGGAUGUUUGAGCAUUGCCGCAGUACCUUGAGAAGUCUCUGCAGCUGCAGCACGUACUUCCUCGUAUUGGCACAUUUCAUCCUCUUCCCUCUCGGUAGGGCCAUCAGCAGCUGCCGCCAUGUCGGCCUCCCCUCUCCCUCUGUCUCCGCCAUCUCAUCCUUGAAGCCUUGCGCCCCCUCGGCCAUCAGCCGACUGAGAGAGAUGGAGGCCCGAUCGAGCUCCAUUUCCCACUCGCUGAUCUGCCGCGACAGCUCUGCCGGGCUGGAGGCCCGGGUCUCCUCGUCUGAGCGUGCCAGCAGGCCCAACUGCACGUCGUCAUAGGUUUGGUCGAGGAGGUCCUCUUCAUCGGAAGAUAGCCCCUCGUCUUCCUCUUCUUCCUCUGCUUCUUCCUCUUCGGGCGGCUGCUGCCGUCGAGUGGUUGGCUCCGGUGGUAUGGCAGAUGGGGCGGCGACGACAGAGAGGCGGUGUGGGGUGGCAGGGGGCGUCGCUGCUGCUAUCGUGGCGCUCAACGGCACCCACUGUGUCAACAAGGGAGACACAUCGGUGUUACGCGGACCUCUGUCGAGUCGGUCGGAUGCAGCUUACCUCCUCUUCUUCUUGUUUCUCCUUUACCGUCUCCCGAUCUUCAGCAGGGAUCGGCCGAGACGCCAGCUGGUACUGGAGCUCCUCGAGCGCAUGCUCUGUAAGAACAGGAGUGUGUGUGUGUGUGGAUGUCAAGGGGGCGGGAAAACGGGAAGUUUGCCUGUCGGCUGGCUGCUUACCAUUGUCUUGUAUCCUUUUCAGCGCACUCGCCAGCUCAGCCCUGCAAAGAAGACAGGCCAAAGGCAGAGAGACAGAGAGACAGUUGGAAACGCGAAAGAACCAUCUCGAUUUUGUGUGGGUGACUAUUCAUUCCGUUCAUCCAUCCAUCUAUCUGUCCCUCUCUCUGCAUGCGAAUUACUGCAGUCGGCUCGCCUCGGUUCUCGCCUGUUCUGUCUCGAUGCGGCUUCCAUCAAACAUCAGACGCAGCCGGGCCACCUCUGACACGCAUAAGACAACAAAUAUCCAGCAAUGCUCGAUGGCUCACUGCCUGCCUGUCUGCCUGCCUGCCUACGUUCCGUCAUCUCCAUAGCCUGGGUAUCGCUCGUCUCUUUGUCGGCCUUCAGGGCCCGGAUCUGCCGGCCACGCCACAAAAGGCGCGGCGCACGCACAGACACGUCGGGUCGGUCACCAUGUGUAUGUUAUGUGAGAGGCGCCCCCACACCUGGUCUCUAAAUGAGUUGGCGAUUUGUUGCUGGUUCUCGAGAGACACCAGCGCGCGCUCCAACUGCCCUGACUUGUCGGUGAUGACGGCCUGCGCCGCAUCGAUCUCUCCCUGCAGCCGCUCUAGCCUGUCCUCAAACUGCUGCUUAAUCUGCAGAGAAAUGCCUUUCUUUGUCAUCAGGGGAUGGAUGCAACACAUACGGCUUUGUUUCCUUGUCCUUGCUCACCUGUUCCUCAAGUAUUUUCAGUUCUUCUACUGCCUGUUCGUCCUCGGCGUAGAAGUCAUUCUUGUCGAGCCUGUCCUUCGACAGCCACCGCACGUUGAACUCUGGAGCCUCGGCACCCAGGUAGCGAGACAGGAGAGACCGCAGGUAACACAACUCCUUCCAAAACCUGAAGGCAGCAGAGACGAUUGAGAAUCAAUGUCAAGGGAGGUCGGACGGCUGGCUAUAAGCAAAUGCGUGUGCAGACCUGGUGCUUGCCUGGUGCGAUACUUGUCGAGCAUGCACUGGACGCCAUGCAGUCUCCUGUCAGACAAAUCCAGCUUCCUCUCUUUCUCCUCCACACUCCUCAGCAGCCGCUCCUCGCGCGUCACCCGAACGAUUGCCACAUCGAGCUCAUCGGGGGUGUGCAGUCGCGCUCCUUCCAUAUACCCCUUGAAGUUCCCCACGACUGUCGGUGUCGCCUCUUGCCCCUCUUGCCCCUCUUGCAACAGCUGGGGCACUGACGACGACUUGGUCAGAGCAUCAGACGCGUGUGGCCCGACAGGCAGCGGCGGCAGGCCUUCAUUCACAGCCGCUUCAGUGCCAGUGACAAAGAACACCGCGAGGUCGUGGAAGAGCACCCUCAAGGCGAGCUCGAAGUCCGUGGCGGGAGGGGGAUGGAACGGCGGCGCCACUCGACGGAACAGCCUCCUCACCUCGCUCUUUGUCACAUCCAAAAACCGCUUGUAGAGAUCGAAGAGCUUGAGCCGGAUCUCUCGUCGCUGCCGAUCCCGAUACAACUCAUCAACCUCCUCGGCGUAUAGGGCCUGGCGUGACAGGGGGUGCUGUGAGUGGGGCUGUGAAGUUGUGCGAAGCCUCCUUUUGCGUCUUGCAGGCCGAUGGUCUGGUGACCGGCCGCCCGCAGACGUUGCAGUGGCACUGGCCGGGGACCAGUGCUCAUCGGCGUCGGCUUGGCCUUCCCCCAGCGGCACCUCCGAGGGAUGUGCAGAAGGCUGGCGAGAGGAGUGGGAGUGCGAACUCGUCUCCAUUCUGGCGCCGUGUUAAAACAAGCUGAAGCAAGGAAAGGAAACAGACAAUGGGGCUUGAAAGGAAACGCUACCAGGACAAAACAACUUUGAAC